GGGGCCUGUGUCCGUGGGGACCCAGCCCAGCUCCAAGCCCUGCUGGAGGCCGGGGUGUCCCCGGAGGACGCAGCCCAAGUGGACAGCAAUGGGCGGACGGGCCUCAUGGUGGCCUGCUGCCGCGGCUUUGGGAGCAUCGUGGCCCUGCUCAGCCGCUGCCCCUUCCUCGAUGUGAACCACCAGGACAAAGAAGGGGACACGGCCCUCAUGCUGGCCGCCCAAGCAGGACACGCGCCUCUGGUGUGUCUCCUGCUCCACUACUUUGCAGGCCUGGACCUGGAGCGCCGAGACCGGCGGGGGCUCACGGCGCUGAUGAAGGCGGCUGUGCGGGACCGCGCAGACUGUGUGGCUGCACUCCUCAUGGCAGGGGCUGACCUGGCGGCGGUGGAUCCCGCGCGGGGCAAGACAGCUCUGGAGUGGGCGGUGCUGACCGACAGCUUCGCCACCGUGCAGAGAAUCCGGCGGCUUCAGCGGCGGCCCCGGGCAGAGCAGCUCAGCCAGCACUUCCAGCCCCAGUGGCCCACCCCGGCCGGGGCCAAAACCCCGGCAGCAGCCACCCCAUCGAUCCUGGAGCGACUGAUGGCCACCUUGCGCCUCUCCUUUGCCCCGUCUCCUGAGGAGGGCGGUGUCCUGGACCACCUCGUGACGGUCACAACCAGCCUGGCCAGUCCCUUCCUCACUACCGCCUGCCGUACCCUGUGUCCAGGUGACCCUCCAGCACUGGGCGCCCGGAGCAAGUCUGUGCCAGAGAUGCUGGGCACUGCCCCACCGCCUGCCCCUUGCCCGCAGCCCUCCCCGGCUGCCCCUGACCCCCGGGUCCUCACCCCUUUCCAGGGCCCCCAGGGCCUGUUGAGUGUGUGCUCAGGGUGGCUCCAGCCCCGGGACAGCCCCAGGAUCAUCCUGUCCAAGGCACCGCGAAUGCCCAGGCAGGACAAGCCCGCGCCCAGGCCUGCAGGGCAGCCGCACCACCUGGCACUCCCGCGGUGGCAGUACCAGGUCAGGAGGGCACAGAGCACAGAGCAUAUGGGCUAG